GCCAGUGGCCAUGAACUCUGAGAGUAGCCAGGGCCACGGGGCAAGGGCUCUGAUGCUCCAGGUAACCAGGAGGUUGAGGGCUGACCUGCGGGGUGAGGCCACCGGGCCCUGGAGGAGCCUGGCCCGGAUGCCAAAGCCUGAGAGGAUGGAACUGGAGGCUGCAGCUUCAGGACAUGAGAGCCUGCUGCCAAUUGAGAGAAGCUUUCAGAAUGCUGCUAAAAGCAACGCUUUGGCUCUUAUGGAGAAGCUGUUUGAAAAGAAGGUUAACAUUAAUGCUGUGAACAAUAUGAACCGCACAGCUCUGCACUUUGCAGUGGCGAGGAAUAAUUUAUCCGCGGUGGAUUUCUUACUGAGCCACAAAGCCAGGGUGGAUGUUGCUGACAAGCAUGGCUUGACAGUAAUUCACCUUGCAGCUUGGUCUGGAAGUUUCGAGAUCAUGCUCAUGCUAGUUAAAGCUGGAGCAGACCAGAGAGCCAAGAGCCAGGAAGGAAUGACUGCUCUCCACUUCGCAGCUCAGAACAACAACCUGCACAUUGUGGAUUACCUCAUUCAAGACUUGCACCUGCAGGACCUGAACCAGCCCAAUGAGAGAGGAAGAAAGCCAUUUCUCUUGGCAGCUGAGAGGGGCCAUGUUGAAAUGAUUGAAAAGCUUGUCUUCCUUAACCUGCACUCUUCAGAAAAGGAUAAGGAGGGAAACACUGCCCUGCACCUGGCUGCCAUGCGCGGUCACAGCCCAGCGGUGCAGGCGCUACUAACUCACAGGCUGGAAGUAAAUGAGACCAACGAGAAUGGAGAAACUCCAUUCAUGUUGGCCGUUGAAGGAGGUCAUGAAGAAUGCAGUCGAGUGCUCCUGGAAGGAGGAAGUGACAUCAACAUUCCAAACAAACUCAACGUCAGUGCUUUGCAGACAGCCACCCGGAACGGCCACACAUCCCUUGUCAACUUUCUUCUCAGUGAGAACGCUGAUCUGCAACAGCAGAAGGAAUCUAGGGAGUCCCCUCUUCACUUAGCAGUCAUCAACAACCACCCUACGGUUGUGAACAGCUUAUUAAGCGCUCAGCAUGAUGUUGACAUCUUAGAUCAGAGGCAGCAGACCCCUCUGCACGUAGCUGCUGAUCUUGGGAAUGUAGAGUUGGUGGAGACACUGCUGAAGGCCGGCUGUGACCUGAAAAUCACUGACAAGCAAGGAAAGACUGCCCUGGCUGUGGCUGCCCGGAGCCAUCACAGCCUCGUCGUGGAUAUGCUCAUUAAAGCUGAGAGGUACUAUGCCUGGAGAGAGGAGCACCAUGAGGGCAUCCAGGACUCAGCAGGAAGGUCUACACUGACAUUCAAACAGGACCACAGUCUGGAGACCAGGCACAUCCGCACCCUCCUCUGGAACCUGGCCUACCAACAGCUCAAGGAGAAGGACUGGCAGAGGCUGGCCCGUUUGUGGGGCUUUACGGAGGACCAGAUCAGAGCCAUCGAGGAACAGUGGUCAGGUAACAAGAGCUUCUGUGAGCAAGGCUAUAGGGCUCUGCUUAUCUGGCUGCAUGGUGCUCUGAUGACACAGCCUGACCCUACCAAGCUGCUGUAUGAGGACCUGGUGUGUGCAGGGUUCCUAGAAUCAGCUGAAAAGAUUCGUCAGUUCAAAGGUAAAACUGACCCAAGAUCCAAGAAAUGUGCAGUCUCCUAAGCUGAAGUGAAUGGUUUCCCACUCCUCAUUCAGUUAAACGUUGCUCCCUGAGGGCCACAACCAUCUCUCAGCAGGCUGAUUUUCUGGUACAAAGACGCUGCUCUUCCACGGAUGGAAGUGAACACACCACCUUCCUGCUGCUCCAGCCUCACACUGGCUUCACCUUUUCCUUGAGGCAAACCGUGCGACUUUCCCAUUUCUGUCAUUUGAUGUACAGGAGUAACAGCAUAGCUGGAAGGGUUCUUUACAAGUUCAAAACCCAGACAGAUGGCGGGAGCAGCAUGGUGGCUCGUGAGAAAGCAAGGGUUAGGAGAUUUGAUUCUUGGCUGUGAGCAGUGGGCAUGCUAAUAUUAUAGACACUCUCAGACCUUUGCUUCCUUUCCUGAUAGACAGAAUGUUUCCUCCGGAGACUGGGGUGAAGAUGAAGGGGAAACACCUAACCUCAAGCCAGUGGGAUGCAAGUCACAAACUCUUAUCUUUGUAAAGAAACUGCAUUUGGAAAUUCAGUCACUGUUGACUUUAUACCAUAUAAGUGUAAGCCAUUAUUCAGAAAAAAAAAAAAAACCACCAGACAUCCACCAGUGAUUUUUGAACCUUUUGUAAUUUAAAUAUGGGUCAUUUUAAUUCUUUGUACUUUUCUGGUACAUUCUAUUUUGUUCACAAUGAACAUGCUCUGCCUUCUGUAAUCUGAGAAAGCUACAAGAGGUAUCAGUUUUUAUCACUGUAUACCUACCUAGAGUCCAAUCCUGAAUAUCAGUCUGGAAAAGCUGGUAAGACAAUCACAGGCAAUUAUUCUACCAUUAACUUACAGUUUCAAGUAUUUUUCUUACAUUGAUUGUAAAUGAUCCAUGUAAUGCUAGGAGUGUUUAAAACAGGCAAUAUAUUCACAAGAUUCCAGAAUUUUAAAUAAGUAUUAAAUUAAAAGUUCAAUCUCAGUCUGUUCUUCAGUUUGUCAUACCAAUGACCUUGCUAGCAUUCUUCCCCCAACUUAACCUCUGUAUGUAAAAUAAGUACCAAUACAUACUUACAAUAGAGUGCUUCACCAUCAAACUUGUGUUAUUUAACUUAGGCCAAUAUGCAUUAUUUGGUAAUUUGGACAACGUGCAGCACUUUUAGAGUUAAACAAUGCCUAUAAUAGGCAUCUUCCAUAGUAUGUCCAUAUGACUUGGCUUGCACACUGAAAACCUAGCUAAAGCCUGGGCUCCUCAAAGGUCCAGCCUAAGACCAAGCUUUCUGUAGAACAUGGACAUGAUGCUGAGGAGGAGCAAGGUGAGGAUGUUACCAGAUUGGCUCCACAUGGUGUCGAGCUCAGCUAUAGACCCUAAGGAUGUUCUGCUCCAAGAAGGGAUGGAUGAAUGCAUCUCAGGGCAGUUCACAGGGGGAGGGAGGAGGAAGAAUUGAUCCAUUUGUCACUGUGUUUUGAAUGCAUGCAAGUAUGUACACAUGCAUUCCUGAUGCCUGUGCAGAACAGAGGAAGGUGUUGAAUUUUUUGGAACUGGAGUUGUGGAUGCUUUGAAGCAGCCAAGUGGGUGCUGGGAACUGAACUAGGGUCCUCUGCAGGAGCAGCAAGUGUUCUGUGGUUGAGUCAUUUCUCGAGCUGCACACAGUGGGACUCUUAUCUGGGUCACAUGAGUGGUCCCUUAGGGCAGCCUACCACUCCUCCUGGCUUUACUGGACAGACAGGGCAGUUCUGGGGAGCAUGCAGGGAUGGUGAGAGGAGGUGCUGCGGCUUGCUGCUCACAAAGCUACAAGCCCAGGGAGUGAGCUUUUGCUAUAGUAGUAGCUAGACCACUGCUUGAUGUGCCUAUAAUUCAAAAAAGCCUUAAGCACUUGUUAUAAAAUGGAAUCAUGUUUGCCUAUAUCACAUUUAGUCUCUGAAUUGUGAGGCAGCAAGAAAAGUGACUUUUUAUAACAAAAUGAGACAGCACAGAAGUAGAUCAUGCUCAAACUGGCAGAGGCUUCAGAUGCUCAAACCCACCCAUUUGGAAGUGGAGGCCCAGACACUCUUUAGCACCUGCUUAUAUAUUCCAUAAGUACAGUGUCAUUCAGGGAAGGGAAGUACAUUCUACUUAUAUCCCAGAAAUCUACUUAUAUCCUGAGAUCUACUUAAUUAAUGUUUGGCCCAAGAGAACAUAGACAUGAAUAAGAGUUUCUUUCCCUUCCUUUUUUUUUUUUUUUUUUUUUUUGGACAGGGUUUUUCUACACAGCCCUGGCUGUCCUGGAACUCACUAUGUAGAUCAGGCUGGCCUUGACAACUCACAGAGAUCCAUCUACCUCUGCCUCCCCAGUGAUGGGACUGACUGCAUGUACCACCAUGCCUGGGCCAGAUGGCUUAUUCACACUGGCCAGCCACUGAAAGCUUAUACCCAGCUAAGAGAUCAGGGCAGCCCUCUGCAGCUCACGAGAAUGUGUAGGGAGAACUACUAGGCUCCAUGCUGCAGGCCCCAGUAAGGUGAGAAAGAACAAUGGAAACAGGGUCAUCCCAGCAGGGAGUUUCUUCCUGUUCUGGUGCUAAUAUUCACAGAUGUUGCCUACUUCCCUUGGUGUUUAACUGCCAAGUCCUAGAGAUGAAGGCCAAUACACUGAAGGCAGAAAAAGCUGUGUUUAGAAAUAUCACUGCUACUCUUGGUCUUUAUUUAAAAAUUAUAAUAGUUUCUAAUUGUUUUAGUAAUAACAGUAAAGUUCUCUUUCAAAAUUCUGUGUAAAUUAUGGCUCAUUAACAGUGGAAAUGAUUUCCUAGAAAUAAUGUACAGAAAAAAAAAGAUUUAUACCCUUCAAUGAUGCAAUCAGUGUCAGACUGGACAUGUCUAGAACCACUUUUUUUAAUUAAAAAGUUCUACUUAAUUGUUUAAAUAAAAAUUACAACAUUAAAA